ACUAUCAGCACUAAAUAGUCAACUCAUUUAUCGAAAAAAACAACUUGUUUCAGAACUUAACUUUAUAUAUCCUAUAACUGAGGUCAACGAAAAUAUUUCAAUAUGUGAUGUUCAUCUUCCAAACUCAGAAAACUUUGAUGGCUGCAAUGAUAUUCAAUUGAGUAUUGGUCUGGGUUAUGUUGCCCAUUUAAUUCUUAUGAUUUCCUACUUUUUAAAUAUUCCUUUAAGAUAUCCAAUUAACCACGUUGGAUCACGUAGUAAAAUUAUCGAUCAUAUUUCAUUAGAUAUACAAGAUAGAGAACGAUUGUUUCCUUUGUUUGGUCGAACUAAAGCUCGAUUAGAAUUUAACUAUGCCGUUUAUUUGCUAAAUAAAAAUAUUGCCCAACUUCGUUGGUAUAAUGGUUAUAGUACUAAUGACUUGCGUACAACUUUGUACAAUUGUUUAGUUAUGUUGCAACCACAAUCAAGUUUAUUAAAACUACAAACCUCAAAAUUCACAUCUUCAAAUUCUUCAUUAGAAUCUUCUUUAAACAUACCACCAAGAUCUUCCCGAGAUGUUUAUAAAGAAGAUACUAGUAGUUCAGAUGAUUCAAAAAUAAAAGGAAUACCUCACUCUUCAUCAGAUCCGUCACUAGCUGAGGAUAAAACUCAAGCAUUUAAUGAUUUUAACUCAUCAUAACAUGUAUUGAAUAUUACUCAAUUUAUAUUGGCCAAUGUUACCGACUGUUAAAUUAAUUAAACAUUUUAAGACUGGUCUGUUUGAUUUCUAAGUAAUUUUUAAUUCAUUAUUCUUAUUACCGUUUAUUAUAAUAGUUAUAA